AUGAUGGCGGCCUCUCCAAUAUCAUUAUUAAUAAAUUACAUUCUUCCAUCCUUCAUCGUGAUAUGUAAAGCUAACAACUUCCAUUCAACAAAUAAUGAAGCAAAUGGAUUUCAAUCUGUUGAGGCAGACAACGAUAAUGAAAAGCAGAAAGCAACAACUGCUUAUCAAGGUAAAUCCUCAAAAAGAUUCAGCUGCGGUAUAUGCUUUGAUUCUGUAAAAGACUCUAAAAUGUUCACAAACCCUUCAUGCAAUCACCGCUUUUGUACCAAAUGCGUAUCCAAGUAUGUCAAACUUAAAAGAAAAGAAAAAGUGGUGAAACUCACCUGUCCGGAACCAGAAUGUUCCUCCAAACUCAAACCACAACAAUUUCAAUCUAUUUUACCUAAAGACCUCCUUGUUGAAUGGGAAUCUGCGAUUUACGAGUCUUCGGUUUCUCUGAAGCACAAAUUUUAUUGCCCUUAUGAGAAUUGUUCAAUUUUGAUGGUGAAUGACGGGGUAAAAGUUGUUACAAGUUGUGAAUGUCCCUCUUGUCAUAGACUAUUCUGUGCACAAUGUAAAGUUCCAUGGCACGUUGAUAUGAAUUGCCGGAAAUUUCAGAAGUCGACAAGGGAUGAAAAACAAUUGGAUAAGAAAUUUUUGGAGUUGGCUAAAAGAAAAAAGUGGCAGCAAUGUCCCAAAUGUUCAAUGCAUGUUCAGAGAAAGGGUGGAUGUGAACACAUUUCAUGCAGGUGUGGAUGUAACUUCUGCUACGGGUGUGGGAAGGAUUGGAUCCAUGGACAUAUUUGCAAUAUACGUAGAUCAUAA